AUGGCCAGAGAAAGCAACGCUCCUGCGGAGCCCCUCACUCCAGGCAAGCCAAAUCCUCAAGCUCGCCCCGCCCAGGUUCAGCAGCAACCAGAAUUCGGAAAGCCCUCGCCGAUCGGCCACCCACAACACCGAUCAAACCAUCUUUUCAAUAUCCCGAAGCCCAACCAGUCUCGAGCCGAACAUCACCGACCUGCCCCUCGACCGCAACCUCAGCAUCCCGGUCAUCAUGCCGCGCAUCAGCCAUACCGCCAGCCCGCUACAGGUGGCCCAGCUGCGACCCCGUCAGCGAAGCGUAGCGAGCCGUGGGAUCCCUUCAAACCAGUGGCACCAUCGGCCUACAACAAUGCUCGUCCGCUCAACCCACCCGGCUCAGUGAGCAUCAAGCGCCCUGAGAAUGUCACCUGGACAACUCCGCGUGCCCCGCGGCCGAUCUUUACAUCAAAGCCAAUUCCACCAAAGAUGUCGAAUGCUUCUAAGAACCUCCAGAGCUUCAUAGACCUCACUCAAGAUGAUAAUGGCUCUGUUGCUAGAUCCGGCCCUCGUGCGCCACCUGAUUUUGGGGCUAUGGAUAUGAACGGGUAUGUGGAUACAGCUAUGGCACAGGAGAACAUCAAAGCCUUGCUGGAGGGUGCAUUUGAAGACGAGGAGGAGAAAUCCGUAUCCAAGCCGAAGUCCAAGAAAAAAGGAAAAAAGAAGAAGCAGUCCAAGAAAACCUCAAACGAGGAGAAGAAAGAACCAGUCGCCAAGGAUACGAAGAAAGAACAGGCUGCCGAUGACCUUGACGAUCUCGCUGCUCAGCUUCAAGGAGUCACUGUAAACGAUGCAAAGGACUCUAAUGACGAUUCCAACUACGUGCCUGAAGAAAGAAGCCCCUCAGAUAGUCCAUCCAUCGAAGAGGACGAAGUCGCCGAGGAAGAAAAGGAUGACGUCGAAGCCGAAGAGGAAGAAGAUGAGGAGGAAGAAGAGGAAUCAGAUGAUGAAGAGGAUAGUGUGGUUGAGGGCCUGAAAGUAACCCUUUUGCCGCAUCAAAUUGACGGUGUGCGAUGGAUGUGCGACAAAGAGACCGGCCGAAAGACGACUAAAGGAAUUUUCCCCAAGGGCGGAAUCCUUGCCGACGAUAUGGGCUUGGGCAAAACAGUGCAAGCUAUUGCUUUGAUACUCAGAAACCGCAAAUCCCACCACGAACACAGCGAUAACACCGACGAAAAGGAGGGCAAAACUACCAAGCUGCCUCCCAACUGCAGCAGUUCUACAUUGGUCAUUGCGCCCCUUGCGCUGAUCAAACAGUGGGAAUCUGAAAUCAAAGACAAAGUCGAAAAGACCCACAAGCUCUCUGUGUGCGUCUAUCAUGGUGCGACACGGGCAAAGACCUCAAAGAACUUGGAUGACUAUGAUAUUGUUAUUACGACAUAUGGUACACUUACCUCGGACUUCAACUCAUCCGCUACGGACAAGGCUAAGAAGGCCGGUCUGUUCUCGAACCACUGGUACCGUAUUAUUCUCGAUGAAGCACACACCAUCAAGAACCGAAACGCCAAAGCAACGCAAUCAGCAUAUGCGUUGGAUGCUCAAUACCGGUGGUGCCUAUCAGGAACACCCUUGCAGAACAACCUGGAUGAACUGCAAAGUCUGAUCAAGUUUCUUCGAGUAAAGCCUUACGAUGACUUGGCUGCUUGGAGAGAUCAGAUCAGCCGACCGUUGGCCAAUGGCCGCGGGGGUCUUGCUAUCCAGCGGCUCCAGGUCUACUUGAAGGCUUUCAUGAAACGACGUACUAAGGAUGUCCUCAAACUCAACAACGAUGUAAAAGAUGGCGAAGAAGGAGAAAAUGGCAAGCCUAAGAAGUCCAACGGCUUCCACAUCACCAAACGUGAGGUCAUUAAGGUGGCCCCCGAAUUCAUGCCUGGAGAAUUGAACUUCUACAAACGCCUGGAACAACGCACGGAAAACAGCCUUGAGCAGAUGAUGGGCGGUGCCAAGGUUGAUUACGCCGGCGCUUUGGUACUGCUUUUGCGUCUUCGUCAGUGUUGCAACCACCCGGACCUUGUCAAAGGCGAUUUGGCCAAAGACAAAGAUAUUCUUUUGCAAACCAAUCCUACCACCACCCAAUCUUCGCAACCGAAGUCUGAUGACCUCGACAGUAUGGCUGAACUCUUCGGCGCAAUGAGUGUUGUGACCAAGAAAUGUGACGUCUGCCAAACGGAACUUAGCCAAGACCAGGCCAAGGCUGGUAGUACUCGCUGCGAUGAAUGUGAAGCCGAUCUCAACACCAACAUCAUUGGCACAGACAAGAAAAAGAAGAAGUUGAAGAAGAGUCGCAAAGAGAAGGAUGUUCCGGAAUCUCCUUCCCUGCGCAGAUCCGAGGCCCAGCUUGCCCGUUCUCGCAAGAACCGACGAGUCGUCCUUGACAGUGAUGAUGAAGAGGAAGAGGGCGACUGGGUCGUUCCCGAGGAUCAACGCAAAUUGCCAAGCCUCGGCAAGGCAGGUGGUUCAGAUGAUGAGAAUGCUGAAGGUGGCGGCGAAUGGCUCAACUCCGAAGACGAGACUGAUGAUGAGAUCGAGUCUCCAUCUAGGAGAAAGAGCAAACCCAUCGUUUUGAGCGACUCCGAGGAUGAGGAGUCUGAAUCUGAUGAGGAGUACAACGAGGAAGGUGAAAACGGCGAGUUGCCAUCCACUAAGAUCCGUCAUUUGAUGAAGAUUCUCAAUCGUGAGGCACCCGACUUCAAGUUCAUUGUCUUCUCCGUCUUCACCUCCAUGCUCGACAAGAUUGAGCCUUUCCUGAACUCGGCCAAUAUCGGCUUUGCACGUUACGACGGUGGAAUGGCGAACAACCACCGUGAGGCUAGUCUUGAGAAACUCCGCAACCACAGCGGAACCCGUGUGCUGCUUUGUAGUCUACGCGCUGGUGCAUUGGGUCUGAACUUGACUGCCGCCAGUCGUGUUGUCAUUCUGGAGCCUUUCUGGAAUCCCUUCGUGGAAGAGCAAGCCAUCGAUCGUGUCCAUCGUCUCAACCAGACAAUUGAUGUCAAAAUCUAUAAGAUGGUCAUCAAGGGCACUGUCGAAGAGCGAAUUGUGGAGCUGCAAGAUCGCAAGCGCGAGCUAGCAAACGCCACCAUUGAAGGCAAGGCUGGCGCUGGCAAAUUGACCAUGCGUGAUAUGAUGGCGCUGUUCGGCCGCGACGCCGAAUCAAAGUUCACCGAUAACCAGAGCACACUGGACUUCAAUAGCAAAGUAGGCUUGUUGAACUCUGGAGAAGAUGCUACACCCGCGCGUAUGUCUUCGCAGGUGUCCUAUUCUGACCCUCGCAGCCGUGGCCGGGAAUCCCAGCCUAACCGUCCUCGAAAUGAGGAUUCGGUUUAUGGUCGUCGCUGGUGA